AAAAACCCCUCUUCUUACAACACUUUGAAGAAGUCUAGUGUCUGCUUGAACGGCUGUCUGGAUUUAAUAAAUGGGUCAAAAGAAGAUGUGCAGUGGUGUUGUUUCUCCCAGCCUACCAACAUCACCUCUGUCUUGGCUGAGCCUCGAUCCAGACAUCUUUCUCUCUUCCAUGCCUCAAUCUCCACUAGACACUGGACAGCAGCCUGGCAUCUAUACAAUUAUUCCAGUCAAAGAAACUCAGUUCCUAAUAUUCAAAUGCCUUUUUACUGAAGUUGAGGGUGACCGCAACAGAACAGAAUACCUACUUCCUCUUUGCCUGAUGCUUCAUUUUUCUGUAUUGGCACUCUGAGGAUACCAGAACUGUUCUCACCAAUUCUUUUCUCAUCAGAAGCACAUCUCCAAAAUGAAUGAGGUAGAACUCAACUACACAGAAUAUCCAAACUAUUCAUUUGAUUAUGAUCAAAUUGCAACACCAUGUGACAAGGGGGAAGUCAGAAACUUCACAAAAGUAUUUUUGCCAAUUGCAUACUCAAUUAUAUGUGUCUUAGGCUUAGUGGGUAACAUCUUUGUAGUAAUGACCUUUGCUUUAUAUAAAAAACCCAAGUCUAUGACAGAUAUAUACCUCUUCAACAUGGCCAUAGCAGACAUAUUGUUUGUUCUCACUCUUCCAUUCUGGGCAGUGAAUUAUGCUGCUGAAAAAUGGAUCUUUGGUGACUUCAUAUGCAAAAUUACCAGAGGUAUUUAUGCAAUCAACUUCAAUUGUGGUAUGCUACUCUUGGCCUUUAUCAGUAUGGACCGAUACAUUGCUAUUGUACAGGCAACAAAGUCAUUUAAACUUCGGGCUAGAACGCUAGCAUACAGUAGACUGAUCUGUUUGACUGUAUGGAUAUCGUCAAUUUUAAUUUCCACUUCCACUUUCAUAUUCAGUCAAAGCUACAGCCACUCCGUCAAUGAAACAGAAGAGAUUUGUGAACACAGAUCCAAUACAGAGACAAAAGGCACUACUUUGAAAUUAUUGCUGCUGGGUAUGCAACUUCUAUUUGGAUUUUUUAUCCCUCUGCUGUUUAUGGUAUUUUGCUAUGCAUUCAUUGUCAAAACCUUGGUGAAAGCUCAGAAUUCCAAAAGAAACAAAGCAAUAUGUCUGAUUGUAUUAAUUGUGAUUGUUUUCCUGGUUUGCCAGGUACCAUAUAACAUGGUUCUUCUUGUGACUGCCAAAAAUAUGGGUAAAUUGAAUAAACUGUGUGAUAGUGAAAAGCAAAUAGCCUUUGCAAAGUACAUUACAGAAGUCCUGGCCUUCUUCCAUUGUUGUUUGAACCCAGUGCUCUACGCUUUUAUUGGGGUGAAAUUUAGAAGUUACUUUGUGAAUAUAAUGAAGGACCUUUGGUGCCUGAGAUACAAGAAAUACAAGACCAAGAGUUCAAGGAUAAGUUCUGAUACCUAUCACUCAAGGCAGACAAGUGAAAUUAUGAGUGACAAUGUGUCAUCCUUUACUAUGUAAUAUAAUUGCAACAUUAUUACGGAGGAGCUUUGAUUAUAUUCAUUCAACAAUCCAAACCAAUCUCAUUAUUCAUGUCACAGCUAGUGAUUUUGACUUUCCGACACCCUAAAUAGUAAUUUCUAUGAUCUACAGCUCCCUCCCUCAAAACAAUUAACAUAACAGAAGAAUGACACAACUAUGGAAAACUCGUAUUAAUCACUGUCUAGCUAAUGUUUAUGCUGUUUUCAAAUACAGGCACUUAGAAUUCUCCAGAAAGCUAAAUUUAUCAAGCAACUGCCUUCAUUCUAAUGAAAAAUUGCAAGUUUGAUUUGAACAUUGCCUUGGUAUUUUGGUUUUAAAACAGGGCUCCAGUCAGCUAUCUCAUAUCAUAACAAUUUUAAUAGAAUUCAGGUUGUAGAUUCCUCUAAAACUAACCAUUUUGUAAAUUUGUCCUUGAGAAAGGCCAAAGCACCACUCUGAAUAUUUUUCUAUUUGCUUUAUUAAAUGAAAUUUUAAACUCACAGGAGUGAUUUCUGUUUUUCAUUGAAGAUGGCCUAACAGGGCAGUAUUUGGCUCACUUGAUACUUGGAUAUUUUAUUUUAUUGGACAAACAGUGACAUGGAGAAAAAUCCUGAAGUCUUUUCUCAGUACUUAUUAGUCAUUAAAAUUUCUGUUGGACUCAGUUGUGCUACCUGCUAAACUGAUGCAAAUCUGGAGUAACACCACAGACUUCACAAAUUGAUAUGCUUGAGAGCAGAAUUUGGCGCAUUGACUGCAGUAUAAAGUCUGCCAGAGUUAAUACUGAGUAAGGACUUUAGUAUUUGACCAGUUACGAAUAAACAUUGAAUACUUAUACAAUAAACCGUAAGAAUUAUUAGUCAGUGCUGGAGGCAUACAGUACAGCGUAAUCAUCAUCCAGCAUUAAACUGGGAUACAUCUGUUAUGCAAUUUAGCUUUUUUCACAUUUUAUAUUUACACAAGAUUUCAACAAUAAAGAUUCAGGAUGCUACUUAACUGACUUUUUAAAUUAUGCACAACACUCAGAAAAAUAUGUAAAUAGCACAGCUACCUUAAAACAGUUGUUACAGUUUCUUUGAUACAUCUGUUUAGUUAAUUAAAAGUUCUGUUUGCUGUGGGAGCUCAUAAAAUUGCAACAGAGGUCAGAAGAGAACCAGAGAAGAAGUCCCAUUCCUUCAUAAACGGAUUGGUAGGAGAAUAUUCUAGACAGGAGCUUGGAAUCUUUGAGGGAAUGAUUUUGGUUCUGAAGUUACUAGCAGGCAAUCAAUUUCAGUCUGAAAUGGAGGGUGGGGGGAAAAGUGUAGAAAGGAGCAAAAGCAGCUGCUUUGCUUCACUCUCUACAAGCACAGCUCCUUUGCAGAACCGCUGAAAUGCGGGGAAGUGACUAGCUAGAUUCCGAUAGAUGUCUGGGGAAUAGUUUCUGCAUGUGGACUGUUCCCUUCUCAAAUCAGUAUAAGUUUUGGCUUUGGCAGAGUAACUACCCUUGCGUGAUUUUAACUGGUUGUGGAAGGUGGAGCAGAUUGGAGCCAGCAGAGUGCCUGUCAGUGGCAGCAUGAGAGGGCCAAGAGCUGUACUGCUGGUGCUGAUGGGGUACUGUGGGAGAACACAGAUGAGUUAUGCUACAUGGGGACUGUUCUUAUUGGAGCAAUUCAUCGAUGUUUGUAAAGUAGUUUGAGAUUUUCAGAUAUAAAUGUUAAGUCUAUUUUUUUCUGAAGAACAUAAGAGUGGCCAUACUGGGUCAGAGCAAAGGUCCAUCUAGCCCAGUAUCCUGUCUUCCGACAGUAGCCAGUGCCAGGUGCCCCAGAGGGAAUGAACUGAACAGG